AUGCCUGUCCUUUACGAGCAAGAUAAGCACGUUUCUUCUGCGAUUUUGACCGGACAGGAAAGAGGUGUGCUUAGAUGUCAGGAACGAACGUCAUUGCUUCAUCACUGGAAGCUCACAAAGGAGCAGAUAGAACUGGUGGACAAAGCAGGUUUUGGUUGGUUUAGGCUCAUAGGAUCGAUUAGUUUGAACAAUUCGCUUAUCUCUGCACUCGUCGAGAGAUGGCGAAGAGAAACCAACACGUUUCAUUUCCCCUGUGGCGAAAUGACGAUAACCCUCGAUGAGGUAUCGCUGAUUCUCGGUCUCGCUGUUGAUGGAAAACCUGUGGUUGGUGUUAAAGAGAAAGAUGAAGACCCUUCUCAAGUAUGCCAAAGACUUUUGGGGAAACUACCGAAAGGUGAAUUGAGCGGUAAUCGAGUGACUGCGAAAUGGUUGAAGGAGAAUUUCGCAGAGUGUCCAAAGGGAGCGACAGUGAAAGAGAUUGAGUAUCACACGCGUGCUUAUCUUAUAUAUCUUGUUGGGAGCACAAUUUUUGCAACUACAGAUCCUAGUAAGAUAUCUGUGGAUUACCUUAUUCUCUUUGAGGAUUUUGAGAAAGCUGGAGAAUACGCUUGGGGAGCUGCGGCGCUAGCUUUCUUAUAUAGGCAAAUUGGUAAUGCCUCUCAACGGUCUCAGAGUAUCAUUGGUGGUUGCUUAACACUCUUACAGUGUUGGAGUUACUUCCACCUGAAUAUUGACCGGCCAAAGAGAACCACUCGUCAAUUUCCUCUGGCACUUUUGUGGAAAGGAAGGCAACAGAGUCGAUCAAAGAAUGACUUGUUUAAGUACCGAAAGGCACUUGAUGAUCUAGAUCCAUCAAAUGUAAGUUGGUGCCCCUUUGAAGGAGAUCUUGACAUUGUGCCACAAAGUUUCAAAGAUAAUCUACUACUUGGCAGGUCCAGAACAAAAUUGAUCGGUCCAAAAGUAGUAGAAUGGCACUUCCCAGAUCGAUGCAUGAAGCAGUUUGGACUGUGCCAAGCUAUCCCCGGGGAAGUUCCUCCCAGGAAAAACGAGAAAAACCAUGACGAAGACUUAGUGGAAGACAUGAACACAGCAGACGAAGAAUGGAUGAGACGAAGGGAAAACAUUGUGGAGAGUGAAGGAGUCAAUGGUGACGAAAGCGUAUAUAUGCAGUGGUUCAAUAGCAUCACAGUCCCGAAGCUUCACAGAGAUACAAGUCUCGAGGCUGAUAUAAUGAACGUGCAAGCUGCUAUACUCCAAUUCGACGAGGUGGCCUCAACUUUGUCACUAGAGGAUCUACAUCCAGAAGAGAGAGAAGCAGUUGAAGAAGCAGUGAUGUCUAUGUCGAAUGCCUUGAGAGUAGGAGAUUGGUAUGAGGCUUCAACAACAGGUAAACGCAAGCGAAGGGAGGAACACACAGAGUGGAGCGAGUGA